UGCAAAGUGCAGAGUGCAGUGAUCACAACAAAAACAAGUCUCUGAAGUCCGAAGUCACACGGAAGACUGAAGAGAAGACUGUUUUGUCCACUUAUUGCUUUUGUUUAAAUGUUUAUCUGUAGCUGUUCUAUCAAUUUGUUUUGAUCCCAAACAUCCCGAUACUGAAUUGAUAGAAGCAGAGUUACCCAAAGAUUGAAUCUAUUCUAAAGUUAUCGCCGAAGACGAAGAAGUUCAAGAAGUGGAUCUUCUUUUAUUUUAUAGAUUAGAACUUAGCCAGAGGCUAGACGAUUCUCUUUUAACAUUUUAUUAAAGUUAUCUAGAUCUAUAUAUCUAGAUCUAGAUCCUAAUUACUAGUAUUAUUAGGCCUAUGUGUGGGAAACAAUACUAACUUUAAGUACUACAACACUUGAAUAUAAAGUGCCAGUAAUGGCAUCGUCUGAUGGGCCUCGGACUCAUCAGCAGGCUAGUGACAAAGGUGCCAGAGACCAUGUUUUAUGCCAGACUUCUGCUCUAAAUCUACCAGUAGAAUUGCAAGAUGACCAACAAGCUGCUGUCUUGUAUUCACCCUUUCGUGACAAAUCAGUGAACCCUCGAUCAUGGAGCAGAAAGAUGGAAUUCUGGGCAGCGCUUUUAUUAAGUACUGCAUUAGAAAGAGACAUAAUUUCUUUUGAUAGCAAUACUUUACCAGCUUUGUUUGAGAGAAAAGGCAUGACACCCAAGUGCCUCAAAACAGUCAUCGAGGAGCUGAAAAGGUCAGGAAAAUUACAGUUUUUAGAGGACUACAACAGAACGGAGGGAUGGCUUUCCUGGGGGCUGAACAGCCUUGUCAAGCAACCUUUGUCAUGGGGAGUCAGCCGUAUCUUAGGAUCAGCAAAUAAGAACUCCAAUAUUUAUGUAUGGCCUGAGGUUGUUCAGAAAGUCAGUGAUAAACUGGUUGAUUUUCAUCACAGAAAUAUGCAACAUGAAGUCACAGAUUGUGUCACAACACUAGCUGCCUUUCGGGGUGAAUGUCUUCCGCUAGUCCCGCAGGAUGAGGACUUUAACAUUGUUCUUCAAAAUCUCAAGAAAAGUGGAAGAGUACAGAUCAAGGAUUUAGAGGACGGAACUGUUGUUGUCAAACUUUGUAAAAGAGGACAAUCAACUGCAGAACCUUUUAAAGAUACAGAUAUCCAAAUAUACAGGAUAACAGUGACACAAAAAAAGCUGGAGGAAGAGGCCGAGCUGUUAUCUUCAAGGAUUGAUGGCUUUACAGAGGAAGCCCGGUCAUAUGUCCAACAAGGAAGAAAAACUUUGGCAUUAUACAGUUUACGAAAAAAGAAAGCCACCCAGAAAGUUCUUGACAGAAAAUCUGCCUGCAUUAUGAAGCUUCAAGACAUUGUCAUAAAAAUUGAGGAAGCAAGGACGAAUGCAAUGGUAAUUACAGCUUGUGAGACUGGAGUGGCUGCUUUGAAGUCCCUUGAAAAAGAUUUGAACAUUGACAGGGUAGAAGCAGUCAUGGAUGAAGUUGGAGAGGCUUUGGAAGAUCAAGAGGAAAUAUCCAGUGCCAUGGAAGCGGCUUUCCCCGCCCACCAGAGAGAUCUUGAGGAGGAUCUGGAACAAGAACUGCAGGAAUUGCUCUCUGGAAACAGAGAUGAAAUUGUUGAUAUCUCUCUACCUCAUGAUGAUAGUUUGUCCCUCAAGCUCUCAUCUCUAUGUGUGGAUGACAUGGACUUGCCUAAUGUGCCUACCCACUCACCGUCUGGAUCUGCUGCCAGCAGGAAAAACAGUCCUUCAUCAGUAAAGACAGCACUUUACUCCUGAGAGAGUGUAACCCAUUGUGUGAUUGUGAUGGUAGAAUGUUAUCUGAUAUUGUACUUUGAGGCUGUCCCGGUUGUCUGUCCAUUCUGUCUUUUAAACAUCUAUUUUGUACACCUGCAAGGCUGGUUUUAUCACCACAGUUGUUUAGGGGUUAAAGCAAAGGAGACUGAGGGUCAACAAAUAUAACAUGUGAAGAAAGUUGAGAAAUUAACUCAGUCCUGCAUAAGGCCUUGUUCUUAAAGUUACCUCCUCCCUCAAAGAGAAAGUGCAUAAAUGUACAAAAUUAAUCAACAUUAAAUUGUCUUUAAUUUAAUAGCAACCAGAGAUGGUAAUAAUGUCAAAUAAACUGCAAAACAUAGAGCAGUCAUUGUUUCUAGGCCUAUCCCUGCUUUCUGGUUGUUGAAGGAUGAUGGUCCAUGUGUUUUUCUUUGACGGAGUUAAGAAAAUGAGCCUGAACUUUGUUUUGUUUCCGUUUCUUGUGAUACCCCUUGGGCAGACUAUUUGUCAAAGUUUGAAGAACACAUUUUGAAAUGUACAAAAAAAAAGUUUCAGAUGUUUGAAAAAAAACAACUCAAACAAUGUUUACAUUGCUGUGACUAAUUUGAAGAAAUGUGCCGAAAUAGCAAAUGAUUUAUAUAAAGUUUAUAGCAGUUUAUUUGCCACAUUUUAUUGUCCUAUAUUUUUAUAGUUGUCUCUACUAAUGUAUGGAGCCUUAAGUGACUUAUAAAUUUGAUAGAGAAAUUGGAUUAUUAUAUGAAUAGGAUGCCCGGGAUUUUAAAAAAAAUUGCAAGAGCAGAGCGAUGAGAUUGAAAAGUUUUCUUUUGAAAGUAAAGUUCCCAAUUCCUGAAACAUUCACAAGUCACAUUCUCCAAAUCAUUCAGAAUACAAGUCACAGAGUAAUUAAUGAAAAUACCGAUAGAUAUCAAAACAAAUGUGUUACCUCUCGUUCAAAACAAAUGUGUUACCUCUCAUUCUUUUAAGUUUACACUUGUUUACAGGUAGCUUUCCAAUAAAGAAUGAAUGUCUUGUA